AGCAGAAAAUGAGGAGAGGAAUGGAGGAGAUGCAUCGGCUUCUCUUCCUCUUGGGCAUAUGAAUGCAUUUGCACGGGCAAUCGGGGCUAGUUUUUGCAGGGGCGGGAGAAGGCAAUGGCGGUGUUGGAAACUUUGGACGCGUUCUUGGCCUCGGCGAGCAGGGCAUGCUGUAGCCCCCUUGCCAUUUUCAUCCAGAUCCAGGGUUGUGUAAUAUGUUUAACUCUUGCUAUUGGAUGGGCCCUUGCUGCUUAUGUCAGGAGUAGGACUAUACAUCAUAUAAAGUGUAAUAUCAGAAAAGGCAACAGUUUUGCAUUUAUCUGUGGAGAUAUUAAUGAUCUUGAGCACUCUGCUCAGAUGAAUUUGCCUGGAGUGUCAGUUAUAAUGCCUUUGAAAGGAUUUGGGGAACACAACUUGCAAAAUUGGAGAACCCAAAUCACUUCUCUUUAUGGAGGACCUCUUGAGUUUCUUUUUGUAGUUGAGAGUUCUGAUGAUCCAGCAUACACCGCAGUCUCCUCACUCAUUUCAGAGUUUCAGGACAACAUUGAUGCAAAGAUAGUUGUAGCUGGAUUGACUACAACAUGCAGUCAAAAGAUUCAUAAUCAAUUAAUUGGUGUGCAAAGAAUGCAUAAAGAUAGCAAGUAUGUUUUGUUCCUGGAUGAUGAUAUAAGGCUCCAUCCUGGAUCAAUCGGUGCACUUACAGCAGAAAUGGAGAAAAAUCCUGAGAUUUUUAUUCAAACAGGUUAUCCUCUAGAUUUGCCAUCAGGAAGCUUGGGAAGCUACUGCAUAUAUGAAUAUCACAUGCCUUGCUCUAUGGGAUUCGCAACUGGUGGAAAAACUUUCUUUUUGUGGGGAGGCUGCAUGAUGAUGCAUGCAGAAGAUUUUAGGAAAGACUUAUAUGGUGUUGUUAGUGGGCUUAGUGAUGGUGGAUACUCAGAUGACAUGACCCUUGCAGCAAUCGCUGGACAACAUAAGAGACUUAUUUGGUCACCACCUGUUGCUAUCUUCCCCCAUCCCCUUGCAAGUGACCUUAGCUUUCCAAGAUACUGGAAUUACCUAAGAAAGCAAACAUUUGUUCUCGAAUCCUAUAUAUCAGAGGUUAACUGGAUGAUGAACCGUGCAUUGUUUUCUACACAUUGCUAUCUAUCUUGGGGAUUUGUGCUGCCAUAUUUUAUGGCACUCAUACAUGUUGCAGCAUUCUUACGAGCACCAAAUACUGGUUCUUUAUCUAAGGAAUCCUCUUCCUCGUACACCGGAUUAUUGCUAGUUAUCGGCUUGCUUAUAUCAACUGUUAUAGAGCUUCUUUCAAUGUGGAGUUUAACUAAGGUGGAGGUUCAACUAUGCAACAUGUUAUCCCCAGAAGGGGCAACUCUUUCACUUGAUUCGUACAAAUGGGGAUUUGUGUUUCUAGCAAUGUUAGUUGAUAAUUUCUUGUAUCCAAUCUCCGCAAUUCGUUCACAUUUUUCAAAAUCUAUAAAUUGGUCUGGUAUCCGGUAUCACUUGAAAGAUGGAAAAAUAAGCAAGAUUGAAAGGUCUAUGGAAAAUGGUCCAAGCUACUCUGACCUUGCAUGGAAGAAGUUAUAUGGUAAAAUACAGCCCCAUCCUAAAGGCUCACUUAUCAACUACUUGUCAAGAAAGUAUUCAUUAGCACCAACCAAAGAGGUGUGAGAGCCAGCAGUCACUAUGCUGUAAUAGACCCCUUUUUUUUCUCCCUUUAGUUGAUGCAUUCUACACGUCUACUGUACUAUUAUUCUUUUAUUGCCCUUUCUUGUUUCUAAGAUAUGAACCGAUCACUUUAAACCCAUGGUGUUCGGUCAUGCCCACCAUUGGAAUUUUGUAUUACCAGUGUAUCUAUACAACCCGUUUUUUGCAAGUUUUUUAUAUAUAAUAUUUUCCUUUCUUUCUGCCAUGAGUUGUUACUGCUUUUAUAGUUUAGCAUUCAAAUGCUGAUCAUCACACUCAAAUACAGUAAGUUCAGUUUUUCUUAUGCCAAAGUUUAUAUGUGAAGCAGCAGAUUUGGUUUUUUAUUCGAAAAACUUAUCUCUAGCCUGCAGGAUCUGUUGAUUUGUUUUAGUUUCAGCAUGCGGUUGUAUUUUCCCCUAAAUAUCUUGAUGUAGAUGAAUGAAUACUUCCAGUCAAAGUUGUGCUGGGAACAGAGUUCUUCAUUAUGCUGCUGUUAGAUGAAUGCUAAUUUGUUAGGUGAGAAUCCAAGCAGAUGUAUCAGCACCAACAGAUUGUAUACAUGUUGCAUCCUUUGCUGUUAUAGUAAAAAAACCCACAAACUUCUUGUAUGGUUUUGAUCUAUUGGCAACUCCAUGGUGAGGCAAGCAUGAGAUUGAAACUAGAUAGUCAACCGGCAGAGCCUACAUAGAACAAUUUGUAUUAGUGACUCAAACAAGAAUGAAAUUUAUUCGCCAUGGUAUAUCUCAUCUUGAGUUUCUAGGACAGUCUGAGUGACCCUCCUGAAUGAACCAAAGAGAAUGUGAUCAUUCAAACCAGAAGGAUUAGCCAAUAAGAACAAUGAGCAUUUCAGUGUGAAGAAGAGAUCGCGGCAUCUCUGAGCCAAACAGAACCAAACUUGACCAAAACCAGUCAUGUAGGGAAUACAAAUGUGCAGUGAAAAGAACAAAUAUCCAAGCAUUGUUAAGUUUAGUGGUACAAUGCAACCCUACUUAUUUAGAAGCACAUAAA